AUGGGAAAUAGCCCCGGAUGGAGGGGCCCAGCAGGGCGGAGGCGAAUGCUAUUUCUCUUCCUGCUCUCUUUGUUAGGCCAGGCGCUCUCCGAACCUAUCCGCUACGCUAUUCCCGAGGAGCUGGACAGGGGCUCGCUGGUAGGGAACCUCGUCAAGGACCUGGGGUUUGGCGUGGGGGAUUUACCUACUCGGAACCUGCGGGUUAUUGCAGAGAAGAAAUUUUUUACCGUGAGCCCCGAAAAUGGGAACUUACUUGUGAGCGACCGUAUAGACCGAGAGGAGAUUUGUGGCAAGAAGUCGUCGUGUAUUCUGGAAUUUGAAAUGGUUGCCGAAAAGCCUUUAAACUUUUUUCAUGUAACUGUGCUGAUCCAGGAUAUUAACGACAACCCACCGACCUUUAGCCAAAAUAUCACUGAACUGGAAAUCAGCGAACUGGCGCUCACUGGAGCCACAUUUGCCCUGGAAUCUGCGCAAGAUCCUGAUGUAGGUGUCAAUUCGCUGCAGCAGUACUACCUCAGCCCUGAUCCGCACUUCUCUUUGAUUCAGAAGGAGAACCUGGAUGGCAGUAGGUACCCAGAGCUAGUACUGAAAGCACCCCUGGACAGGGAAGAGCAGCCACAUCACCACCUGGUCCUCACAGCUGUGGAUGGGGGCCAGCCCUCCAGAAACUGUACCACCCAGAUCAGGGUAAUUGUCGCAGACGCAAAUGAUAACCCCCCAGUAUUUACUCAGGACAUGUACAGGGUCAAUGUUGCAGAGAACCUGCCCGCUGGCUCCUCGGUAUUAAAAGUGAUGGCCAUUGACAUGGAUGAGGGCAUCAAUGCCGAAAUCAUCUAUGCCUUCAUCAAUAUUGGUAAGGAAGUGAGACAACUGUUCAAGCUGGACAGUAAAACGGGGGAACUCACCACUAUUGGAGAACUGGACUUUGAAGAGAGAGAUAGCUACACAAUUGGUGUGGAAGCAAAGGAUGGUGGACAUCACACUGCAUAUUGUAAAGUACAGAUUGAUAUCUCAGAUGAAAAUGACAAUGCCCCGGAGAUAACCCUGGCUUCUGAAUCCCAACAUAUACAAGAAGAUGCUGAGCUGGGAACUGCUAUUGCCCUGAUCAAAACACAUGAUCUAGAUUCUGGAUUUAAUGGAGAAAUCCUAUGCCAACUAAAAGGAAAGUUCCCCUUUAAAAUCGUUCAAGAUACCAAAAACACAUACAGGUUGGUGACAGAUGGAGCCCUGGACCGGGAGCAGAUCCCAGAAUACAAUGUGACGAUCACAGCUACCGACAAAGGCAAUCCACCGCUCUCCUCCAGCAAGACCAUCACUCUGCACAUCCUUGACGUCAACGACAACGUUCCGGUUUUCCACCAGGCCUCCUACACGGUGCAUGUAGCUGAGAACAAUCCGCCUGGAGCCUCCAUUGCGCAUGUCAGCGCCUCGGAUCCCGACUUGGGACCUAAUGGCCUUGUCUCCUACUAUAUCGUGGCCAGUGACCUGGAGCCUCGGGAGCUGUCGUCCUAUGUGUCCGUGAGCGCGCAGAGCGGGGUGGUGUUCGCGCAGCGAGCCUUCGACCACGAGCAGCUGCGCGCCUUCGAGCUCACUCUGCAGGCCCGCGACCAGGGCUCGCCUACGCUCAGCGCCAACGUGAGCCUGUGCGUGUUAGUGGACGACCGCAACGACAAUUCACCGCGGGUGCUGUACCCAGCUCUAGGGCCCGACGGCUCCGCGCUCUUCGAUAUGGUGCCGCGCGCUGCAGAGCCUGGCUACCUGGUGACCAAGGUGGUGGCGGUGGACGCAGACUCGGGAUACAACGCCUGGCUGUCCUACCACAUUCUGCAGGGUAGCGAGCCCGGGCUGUUCAGCCUGGGGCUGCGCACGGGUGAGGUGCGCACGGCGCGUACUUUGGGCGACAGGGAGGCCGCCCGCCAGCGCCUGCUGGUCACUGUGCGUGAUGGAGGACAGCCGCCUCUUUCAGCCACCGUCACGCUGCACCUAAUCUUCGCAGAUAGCUUGCAAGAGAUACAACCUGACCUUAGCGACCGCCCCACUCCCUCUGACCCUCAGGAGGAGCUACAGUUUCACCUAGUAGUGGCGUUGGCCUUGAUCUCAGUGCUUUUCCUCCUCGCGGUGAUUCUGUCAAUCUCCCUGCGCCUGCGACGCUCCUCCAGACCCGCCACUGAGGGCUACUUUCAGCCUGGUCUCUGCUCCAAGACUGUACCUGGAGUUCUCCCCACCUACAGCGAAAGGACUUUGCCUUAUUCCUACAAUCUGUGUGCUGCCUCACAUUCCUCAAACACCGAGUUUAAAUUUCUCAAUAUAAAGGCUGAAAAUUCUGCACCACAAGAUCUUCUAUGUGAUGAAGCGCCUUGGUUUGAAAGUAAUGACAAUCCAGAAAUGCCUUCUAAUUCAGGCAAUUUGCAAAAGGUGAGUUUCUUCAAACCUUUCCUUCCAUAA